UUUUAACUGUGCAGAUUUUACGAAAACUGGAAAAGCUUUUUAUCAAAAGUAACAAAGCCCGUUUGGACAUAAACUUUCUUAAAAACUGCAAGCUAUUUAAAGUAUACCCAAAGUAUUUAGGUUUUAACAAACCUCAUGCAAACCACAAUGAUAUAAUGUCGAUAAAAAGGUUACUCAAAGGUGCGUAACAUAAAAGAUCAAACGAACAAAAAUUAUUGCAAAAAGAAUUAGAUAAAAUAAAGUGCAUAGUAAGAAAUAAUUGUUCAACCUUACAAUGGUAUUUUUUAAUAAAGGUUAUUAAAAAUAAUGUAAAGAAAAAAGAAAAAUCAAUUAUAAAAACCCACGAGAAAAAAUUAUGUUCACUUACUAAAUUUACUAGCAUUCCUUAUAAAAAUAAAAAACUUCGUACAAAAUAUGUCUUCAUACACUUUACUACACCAUGAACUGGAUUUAUUAAAUAAUGGUCUUAACUUUGCCUUACCACCAGCGUUUAUAAAAAAGACGGACGAUUUUGCUCAAUUUGAUAGCGUUGCACAAUUUCUCAACACCCAACUUAGAAACAAGGAUUUAGAACCUCAAGUUAAAAGUGAACUUUCACACUUAGCAAAUAAUGUUUACAAAUACACGCCGUCUGAAGGUUGUCUGAGAAAACACAAAAUAAUAAAAAGACUCAGGAAGAAUGAAAACAUCGUAAUAACAAGACCAGACAAAGGGAAUUGUAUAAUUGUUCUAAAUAAAGUUGACUGUAUAAAUUCUCUUAAUAAUAUUAUAAGUGAUAAGACUAAAUUUAAAGAAUUAAAAGAUGAUCGAACUAUAAAAAGAGAAGUAUCUUUACAAGGGUAUCUUAGAAAACUUAAAAAACUUAAAUGUUUUGAAAAAGACAUUUACAAUAAAAUUUAUCCUGUUGGUUCACAAACAGCAAGAAUUUAUGCUCUACCUAAGAUGCACAAACUUAGUAAAGGUUCUUCUCUACCAUCUUUUCGACCAAUUAUUUCAACAAUUGGCACAUAUAAUUAUAAACUUGCUAAACAUCUUUCAGAUUUAUUAUCUCCAUAUAUACCAAAACAUUAUACCACUUUUGACUCAUUUUCAUUCGUUGAAGAUUUAAAACAAGUUGACGUAACUAACAAAUUUAUAUUUUCUUAUGAUGUUGAAAGCUUAUUUACUAACAUUCCACUUAAUGAAACUAUAAAUAUAGCAACAGAAUUAUUUUUUAAAGAUGAAACUAUAUACUAUGAUGAUGGUACUAUAAAAGCAAAACUAAAUGUUUACAAGAUAUAUUUUGUUAUUACAACUAAAUGUUAUUAUAUUUUGGUUUGUAUAAAUGGUUGUAUUAAUGUUUGGUUAUUAUACUUUGGUUUGUAUAAAUGUUAUGCUGAUAUCAUAGCAGCAUAA